CGGCGGCCUCUGCUUUGAGUGAAGACAGCGCCACCUCGCGGAGAGCCCCUCGCAUCGCUCCUAGCGAGACCACAGCCUCCAUCCCCACCCCCCACAUGCCCUCUCUCUCUCUCUCCAUCCUGCACUGCCUCCCUCUUCCUCCUCGCUCUUCCCCGUGUGCUGCCUUCGCCCUGCGUGCGUGCGUGUGUUUGUAACGGCAGUUGCAUCGCCAUCUCCCCAACCACCAACCAUUACCACAGCCAUCAUCACCACCAUCAUCACCAUCAGCGUCUCUACCAGCCGUCAUCGGUGACAUCGCAGCCUCCGCUCUCAGCUUCGGGUCGGCAAGGACAACCAACGUAUCCGACCCGGAACUAACAGAGGGGGCCCUUGUAUUAUAAACAGUCUGGCAGUUCCACCAGCAUUGGCUCAAGCAAGCGUGCCACUGCUGGCGGUGCGUGUCAGGCGAGGAGGAGGAGGAGGAGUGUCGCGAUGGCGGUGAACGUGUACAUCACGCCCGUCACCAUGGACACGCUGAGCCGGCACGACAUGCUGGCCUGGAUCAACGACUCCCUGCACCUCAACUACACCAAGAUCGAGCAGCUGUGCUCCGGCGCCACCUACUGCCAGUUCAUGGACAUGCUCUUCCCGGGCUGCAUUUCACUGAAGAAGGUGAAGUUCCAGGCCAAGCUGGAGCACGAGUACAUCCACAACUACAAGCUGCUGCAGGCCUCCUUCAAGCGCAUGAGCGUUGACAAGAUCAUCCCGGUGGACAAGCUGGUGAAGGGCAAGUUCCAGGACAACUUCGAGUUCCUGCAGUGGUUCAAGAAGUUCUUUGAGGCGAACUAUGACGGGCGGGAGUACGACCCCGUGGUGGCGCGGCACGGCGUGCACGCCACGCCGCCGCCCAAUCACGGCGAGCAGAUCUUCAACAAGCCCAAGCGGCACAGCACCCCGCCCGCGGCCGCCCCGAAGGCCACGUCUGUGUCUCCGGCCCCGCGGCCUACCAGCACCCCCGCCCGCUCCUCCCCACACAGCAGCGGGGGCGGCGGCACCCCCCAAGGCAAGCCCAAGGCCGGAGACGACGCCCAGAUGACGGAGCUCAACCAGCAGAUGCUGGAGAUGAAGGUGAGCGUGGAGGCGCUGGAGAAGGAGCGGAACUUCUACUUCGGCAAGCUGCGCGACAUCGAGACCAUCUGCCAGGACUUUGACGCGGAGAGCAACCCCAUGGUGACGCGCGUGCUGGACGUGCUCUACGCCACCGAGGAGGGCUUCGCCGUCCCAGAGGAGGAGGAGGCGGGGGAGCAGGCGGACUCCGGGGAGCAGGAAAUCUACUGAGGAGCGCCGCUGAGCGCCGCCGGCGUGGCGGUGACGGCGGUGACGGCGGUGACGGCGUCUCCAGAAACCGCCGUCACGGGGGAGGGGCAAACGCACCGCACGCGUGGCUUGCUGCUGCUGCUGCUGUAGCUGCUGCUGC